ACAGGUGUGUGUAUCACCCAGACUAUAAUCUUAGCUGUGAAACACACAGGGAGAACACUUCACAGAGACAUCAUGUUCAGAAUUUCUGUGUUGAUCUGCAUCUCUCUACUGGUUUAUGGCAACUCAGCCAAGCCAUACAAGUCCUGGGAUAAAGUGGCUGAGUCCGCAGUCCAGGAGACUCUGAUGUCUGAAAAGGAGAGGGUGAUGUUUGAUCAGGGGCUGAAGCAGGUGGAGGCUCCUGAAGACAUGGACAUCCCUAACAAUGACAUCCACCCUGUCAUGGCCACCUGGACGAACAUGAGAGGGGGAGGUGGGAAGAGACAGAAGGUAGAAAAAGAGGUCGUCCAAGGCAGAUACUCCACAACCGAGGAGGACAUGGACAAUCUAUACCACCCAUCCAUGGAGCAGACCCACGAGGCUGACCUGGCCAGAGCCCGAUCUCAGCCAGAGGACACCUUCGUUGGGAUGGCCAUCCAGACAGAGCCCCUAGAGGAGGAUAACACAAAGUACUACCAGGAGGCUGGGAUAGAUCUAGAUAACAUCUCUCAUCUCUUCUCAGGCCAGGAGGAUCCACGGCACCCUGAACAGGACUGGGACGAACUCUACCAUCCAGAGAUGAAGAGGGGAGACGGGCGGUACCAAGUGGACGUGCCUCACCAGGGAGAGCUCUCUGCUGUAGUGGCAGAGGUCAAGGGUCAUAGUGAGCCAGAGGAAGACAGGGAUGACCUCUACCAUGGUGACCUGCCUGUACCUGUUCAGGUGAAUGGGAGUGGCCAGGACAGGCAGCAGUCUGCCGAUUGGCCCUCUCAGAGGAUGUACAGAGAACCAGAGGAGGACCUGGAUGACCUCCAUCAUCAUUAAACACGUGAUAAGACCCAUGAUAUCUACCCCCUAACUGACUGUCAACUCUACAGUCAGCUACAGCUCUACUGCAUCCAAUCAAAUACAGUUAAAAGCUGUACAUACAGCAAUGGGUUAAAGGCACAUCGGAGUGACUCUAUAGAAGUCUAUAAACUAACACUGUAUGGAUCUAACCGUUUAUUAUAUGUUUAAUAACCAGUACUGUAUAAGUUGAUCUUCUAAAACAUUAAAGACACCUGUAACCUCUA